AUGGACCCCUUCCAAGACGCCACGGUGGAUCCUUGGUCUGGGAAAUCCUUGGGAGAGGUCGAAAAGCCCAGAGGCUUCGAUGAGUUUUGGAAAGAGCAGGAGGCCAUACACCGUGGAGAGAAGGAACCCGAGGAUCUAACGAUCCCAAAGAAAGGAGGAAAGGGGAGAGGUGGCAAAGGACGCCGUUCGCGAUACAAUGUGGUCGCAAAGCCCCCGCCUCGUGCGCGUCCCACCCACUUCGUGGCUAUUCGGCUCUUUUCAAGAAUGAUCCGUCGAAAUGUGCAGCAGAUGCAGCAGUGGUUCAUUGCAAAAAACCCGUUGUUUGAGCAGUGCCUGGUGCCUGUGAGGCGUUUGCACAGUUCCUUGCUUCUCACGGCGAUCCCUCCUGAGCGUCGUGGCGAGGCCCAAGAGGCUUGCCAUGAAGCAGGAGAAGAGAUCAGAGACUUUCUCGGGGAUCAGCCUGUGAAGAUCAUCGCCAGUGGCAUUAGUUGUUUCAAUGGCCAGAUUCUCUUCACCAGGCUUCGCACAGAGCCUCACGACAUGUUGCAGGCGAUCCAUGAUGCUCUGUCGAGCUCCUUUAUGCGACAUGGCUUUCCAGUCUUGGACGAAAGUGCCAAGUCGUGGUUGGAAGAGGGAGAAGAACCACAUGACUUCAAGGCUCAUGCAUCCUUCAUCAAGGUCUCGAAAGCGUUGGCCCACGCCAAAUCAGACUUGGACAAGCGGAAGUUUCGAUCGUUGCGCCUCGCUUCUGAUGAUUUGGACGCUUGGAGAGACGUGUUCUUCGGCACUCAGAUCUGCACGGAGUUCGAGCUGCUGGAUAUGAUUGGAUCGAGCCGUGAUGGCUACUAUCCCUGUUUGCAAUUGGAGCACUUCCAUGACCGGACCAUCAUGGUGGCGGAACCCAAUCUCGAUGUGAGUCUUGCUGCAGGUCCUGUGCGGACCGCCAAACUCCGCGUGGAUCAACAUGCAGGUGCUGGACUGCAGCUCUCGGCUUGCGAGGCUGGAUACCUCGUUGAGGAGCUGGAAGACUGGCCCGGUCAGCCGGACAUCCGCGCGGGCGAUGUGAUCGUGGCCAUCGGGGAGGAGCAACUCAUUGGUCUUUCAGAGGCCAAAAUGGAGGAGGAGUUUGGCAAACACUUCGAAAACGGUGCUUUGACCAUCGUGGGACCCAUGGAGCUGUUGCAAAAGAUGCCCUUGGAACACGUGCGCCGUGCAACGAAUCGUUUGUUGCGACCCUGGAAAGACGGAGAUCGCACCAGUGUGGGAAGUGUUGGUUCCAUUUUGGUGACUUCCCCUGCUGGCAUUCCUCGUGGCAAGCGGCACCGCUUCCGUGUCACAGCCGACGAGUACCGGCCCGAUCCGUUGAACCAACCAGGGGGUGAUCCCUGGGCAAAUGCUGCGGCCGCAGGCUAUGUCUUUCCUGCGUACUCGGGUUGGGGUACCAAGUUCAAAAAGCGCAAGGCCACCGUGGUCGAUUCUUCGCGCUUCUUGUCGAAGCCCAAACCCGUCCAAGUCGACGAACGCGGUUUCUUCGAGAACAAGGAAUUGACCAAAGUGCAUCAACGACUGCAUCAGAAUCUGAAGCGAGCCACCUCGCAGGAGAAGGUCCUGAGCAUCGUGAAGGAGGAAAAAGGUCUGCUUAGCACCUCCAACCGUGUCGUUGCCAUCACCCGCUUGGCUUCUUUGGACCGCCACGCGGAAUGCGUUCGCGACCCACGGGUGGAGGAGCUCUUGAAGGACCUGUGGGAGGACUUGGAGGCCAUCAACGAGUCCCAAGUCACCUUAGCUCCAGCCACGCUGGCGAGCUUGGCACUGGGCAUGGCUCGGCUGGGCUUACGCCACCCGGAGAUCUUCCGUUGCCUCGGACAAGUCGUUCGACGCUCCGGGCUGUGGAGCUUUGCAGACUCCGAGGCUGCCUCCCUCUUGGAAGGAUUUUCGAGAGCCAGACGAUGUGAUGAGGUCAUCUUUCAGGAGGGCAGCAGGCUGAUUAUGGCGCGGAUGGAUCGGAUGGAGCCCAAAGUCUUGACGACCAUGAUGACCGCGUUUGCUUGUGCGAAUAUUGCAAUCGAAACGCUCUUUUUCGCCGUUGGCGAUUGCGUGCUGCGGCGCUUAGAUCAGUGGACGCUGCGGCAGCUGGCGGAACUGGCCGAUGCCUUCGCCCGCGUCCGUGCACGGCACACGCUGCUGCUGGAUGUGGUGCCCAGCCGCUGUGAGAAAGCGAUCCCAUCUGUGGAGGCGCUGGUUCUGCUCUUCUCGGCGUACGUGGAUUCGCGGCAAGGCUUUGGUCCCGAGGGCCUUCGAGAAGAGUUAGCGAAGCAGUUGCUGGAGCGCCAAGGAGAGCUGAGCGCCACUUUGAUGCGGCGCUUGCUGCAAGCUGCAGCUCGUGCUCGCUGGCCAAGCCAUGCCCUACUGGAGGCUGCUGCAAAAGUCGCCACCAGAGAGGCGUCCACCUUUGAGAUCGAUGCGAUGUUCGACUGUUUUUUGCAGCUGCGGGUUGUACCACCAUCCGACUUCCCCAUCAGUGAUGAGAAGAAAAAGCAUCGAGAAGAGCGUUUGAAAGCUCGAGAAGAGAGACAGCGACGGUGGAAGGAGGAACUUCAGGGAGAGAUGCCCUCCACAGAGGAAGAGCCGCUUCCGGAGAAAGCGCUUCGUACUUGCCGUUUGCGUGUGGAGCGUGACUUGGGAGCUGGCUUGGAGCUGGAGGCAUGUGGUGCAGGCUAUUUGGUGAACGAUUGCUUCGCUGAGCCCGAGCAGAGUCUCCGGUCCGGCGACAUCAUCGUGGCCAUUGAGCGUCGCUUGUUGGUCGAUCUCAGCGAAGACGAAGUCGAAGAGAACUUCGGUGCUGAGUUCGUUGACGGAGCGUCUCUCGUGGUGGGCACCUUUGAAGAGUUGCAGCAUUUUUCCUUACAAAGCAUCUCUCGGAGAGCCUCAGACAUUGUCAACAUGUCAGCGCCUUCAGAAGGUGGCGCAGUUCAAGGUGAACGUCCCACCAAAAGCUCCACAGUCGAAGAAAUCGCAGCACGCCAGGCAAGUGCAAGCCAAGCAGCGGUGUCAGAGGGACCCGAAACACAUGAACCGAUCCAACUGACGGUCGAGAUGGAAACCAGCAUAGCAGCGCCAAAGACUGCAGCUGCUUCGACGAAAGAAACGACGACACAGCCGGUCGAUGCAGAGAUUUUCACAGAGACUGCCCGACCCCGCGGCUUCGGAAGAGGCAAAAAUGGACUGAGAAGCACAGCUACAGAAUCCAAGGAGAAUAGCAGGUACAGAAUGAAAGAGACGAAGGAAACGAAAGAAAGAAACGGCGACGCAGGAGACAAAGAAACAAAGAAAGCGCCAAAAGGCGCAGAUUCGAUUUCAAGGAGUGACGAGAAGAAGUCUUACUACCAACCACUACCAGCGAAAGGAAGUGGAGGCCGAGGAUCAGGACAGCGGAUUUGGCGGCCGAAGGUUUGA